GCUAAACCACUAAGGAAACUCAUCCAGCAGACCUUCAAACAAUUUGCCAACCUAAACGAUGAACAGAGCAUUCACAAGUUCUUUGAGAUCCUGUCUCCCAUUUACAGAUUCGACAAGGAAUGUUUUAAAUGUGCCCUUGGGUCCAGUUGGAUUAUCUCUGUGGAGCUUGCCAUUGGACCUGAGGAGGGCAUCAGCUACCUGACAGACAAAGGCUCAACUCCGACACAUCUGGCCAACUUCACCCAGGUACAGACCAUCCAGUACUCCAGCACGGAGGACAAGGUGCGCCAGGGGAUGCUGCUGCUCAAUGUGGCUGGAGCCCCUGAGCCUCUGACGGGUGACCACAGCUGCCUUCUGAACACGGCAGAGAACAUGGCGGGACCUGAUAGAUGGAUACUGUCGCCUGGGUCAACGGAGUCUCCCAGUCCUUCAUCGUCCGCCGCUCAAAAGG